AUGACUAGGAGGUCCAACAAGGACAACCUAGUUGAACAUCCAGAGAUAGACAAGCUUGAGAAGCAACUUAGGAAGCAAAAAGCCCAAGAGAUGGCCGACGAAGCAGCUCGCGCUCACGCCGCUGAAGUGGCGCGCGCUAAGAAGAAGGAAGAGAUCCACCUCCUCCUCCUAAUCCACAAGAUCCUGCUGGAGAUAAACCCUAUCCAUCCACCACUUCCUGCAAGGAAUGACUAUGAGAUCAAGCCUCAGAUCAUAGCAUUGGUUAGACAGAACCAAUUCAAUGGCCUUCCAGCUGAGCAUCCUCUUGAUCACAUAGAAAACUUUGAAGAAAUUUGCAGCACUACAAGAUCCAAUGGAGUCUCUGCUGACUACCUUGAAGUGCAAGCUCUUUUCAUUCUCUCUUGGCGACAAAGCUUCAAGAUGGUUGAAGAACAAGAUCUCCAACUUUCGCCAAGCAACAAUGAAUCUUUCUAUGAGGCGCUAGAUCGAUUCAAGGAGUACAUUAGGGACUGCCCUAAUCAUGGUUUCAAUGAGGGAAACCUAUGGAACAUCUUCUAUCGUGGCAUAGACCACAAGUACAAGCUUUCAUUGGACACUGCAAGCAAUGGAAACUUCAUGACCAAGACUGUUGAUGAAGCUAAGGUUCUUAUUGAGAAUCUUGCAGCUAGUGAUUGUAACAACUGUCCUGAUUAUGACCGCUCAAGCCGCACCACUACUAGCUCCCCUGAUUCUUUUCAAAUGACUGAACUCAAGAACAUGAUGGCUCAAGUUCUUAAGGGACAGCUCAAGCAUAUCAAUGCAAUAGAAGGGAUGAGUGAUGCUAAUGAAGACCCAUCAAGAGAAUGCAUGGGAGAUUUCUCUAAUGAAGCCAAUGAAGAAGAUGUGAACUACAUUGGAAACUAUGGGAACAAGGGAUACAAUCCAAGCUAUCGCCCAAACCCCAACAUGUCUUAUAGAAACCCCAAUGUGGAGAAUCCUCAAGACCAAGUGUAUCCUCCAAGGUAUCCACAACAACAAAGACCUCCUUACCAAUCUCAAGGAAGUCAAUUUCAGCCAAGGCAAGGAUAUGAGCAGAGAUCAUCAUAUCCGCCCAAGGAGCCAUAUGCUUCUUCACCAAAUCAAGCUCCUCCAAACCAACAAGGUGGGAGAUUUGAAGGAAUCCUCCAACAGAUCAUGGAUGGCCAGAAGAGAAACACUAAAGAGAUGUAUGAGAAGAUGGACACUUUGUUCAGCAAUCUCAACACCAAGUAUGAUGCUGUUGCCACUCAUGUGAAGAAACUAGAGACUCAAGUCACUCAAACUAUGGAAGCUGUUAAGAGACAGGAAGCUGAAUCCAAGAAGUCCUUUUGCAACUCAGCCGCCAUAGAAGAAAGAUUUGAAGACCAAGUUCCAGAAUGGAUGCUUUCAAAACCUACUGUUGAUUGCAUGAUUUGGCCUGAAGAGAAUUACCCAGAGAGAGAGUCCAAUCGAGCUAGAAAGAGAAGACUCUUCCCAAAGAUUAUCCCCAAGACAGAUAACUCAGGAAAGUUUUGUGCCUUGUAUCAUCAAAGGUAA